AACAAUAAUCCCUUACAUCAUUACAAUCAUCAUGUCCUUUGAUUUUUUCUCCAUUUCCCAUUAUAUUCAACACACUCAUAAUCUCACCCACCUUCUCUAACUGCUAUGACAAGCCUCACAAAUUUCUCAGCUCUUCUGUAAGUAAUCCACUUCAUUCUUUUCUUUGCCUUUGAUUUUUUUGCUUGAGAAAUUCUUUGGUCUGUUAUGUUUGUGUUAACUAUCAUGGUUUCUUAGUGUGAUCUUAAGGAGUCAUCUGAGAAAUUUGAUUUCUAUGAAGUAUAUUGGUCUCUUUCAUAGUAGUCUUUGUAACUUCUGAGCUAUGGAUGUGUUUGAUCAGACUAAUCGAUCACUUUACGAUCCCAGUGCAAAUAUGGAAGGGGAUCCUGAUUUUUCAGGGAUUCUUGAAAUCUACAUUCAUCAUGCUAGGAACAUUCAUAACAUUUGUAUCUAUGACAACCAAGAUGUUUACGCGAAAUUUUCUCUGACUUAUAACCCCGACGAGGUCCUCACAACUAAGAUUAUCAAUGGUGGUGGGAAAAACCCGGAGUUCAAUGAAUCUCUGGUCAUGAAAGUGACUCAACUGGAUGCCCUCCUCAAAUGUGAAUUGUGGAUGUUUAGUAGAGCUAAGCAUUAUAUGGAAGAUCAGUUGUUGGGUUUUGCUUUAGUCCCGGUUUCCUUGCUUGUUGGCAAGGGAAAGAUCUCGAAGGAUUUUAGCAUAUCUUCCACUGAUUUGUUCCAUUCCCCUGCUGGUACUGUUAAGUUAAGCCUCUCUUUAGAAACAAAUGUCUCGACUCAUCCCACUGUGAAGUCAUUCCCUGAUUCUGCUGCUAAUUCUUCAAUAACUUCAGAAGUUCUGCUAUUGGAUCGGAGGAUAUCUGAAGUGGUGCUGGAUCCAGUUGAGUACUCAAGGAUAGAAUUUCCAGACAUCAAUGUAGUUAGAGAGAAUCAGCAGAUGGUGACUCAGUAUUUCAGUUUAGAAGGACAUGGUUCUGUGUCGAGACAUGAUCUGGUUAAUUCUGGUUCAUUUCUUCGCCUUGGUGCACCACAUCAACCUGUAGAUGACUACGAAAUGACUGCUAACUCAUCUGAUGACAAUGGGUAUGUAUCUCUAUCUCCUAAUGGCAGUGUUCAGAAUUCAGGUUUCUUCAGUUCUACAAUGACAAGCUUGAGUGAUGACCGAAACUCUGGUGACUCCAUGGAGAACAAGAGUCAUCUUUCUGUCGGUCUGCUGAAUUCUCCAAAUCAGUCGAUCACUAAAGAGGGACCAAGGCCUGCGGCUUGUCCAGACACUGCAACAUCAAGAAAAGGACGUGAAAUCCUAGACGCAAAUAUACCUAGUUCCAAAGACAAUGUUCAAGAAAGCAGCAACACGAAAUUUGUUACUCAGGCACUGUCAGCUCCGCUUGGAAGUAUAAACCUGGAAGCUGAACAAUCCGCUAUGCAGCAACAAAUUGUUGACAUGUACAUGAGAAGCAUGCAGCAAUUCUCCGAGUCCCUGGAGAAAAUGAAACUCCCAAUGGAUCUCAACAAGCCGGAACCUGACAACCACGGUAAUGUGAUCCAGAACCUUAACAACAGCGUGGAAGUUGAGAAGAAAAAAGAUGCUGCAAGGGUAUUUUACGGCAGCAGGGCCUUUUUCUGAAUCAUCCCUAAUGCAGCAGCAAACAUAAACUCUACAAAACAAAUUUGCUAAUGGCGAUUUCUAGAUGAAGGUUGAUUUAUCAUGUAUAUGGUGCGAUUUUGUUUCUCAAGUAUGUUAAAUUUGAUGGCUUUGUUCAACUUAGUUCUGCAGAGAGAAAUCACUUUAUCUGUUAGCUAUCUGUCAUGUAGUAGUCUUAUGUACAUUAUAACUGGAAUGUUUAUCUUA